AUGACGACUGCCCCUAACGAUGUCGAGGAGUAUGACCAGUCUAAGUUUUGGGUCGCUCCGGCCAGAAAUUUCCGAUCUUCAGCACGCCUGCACUUACAGCAUUAUCUCAUGCAGAAUACUCUCGGCUACCUCUUAGAGCCCGCCGUCGAGAAGUCCGUCGUCAGCUCCCAGCAGCUAAAGAUUGCCGACCUCGCGUGCGGCAAUGGCAUAUGGCUAACUGAGCUGUACUCCAGCCUCAGCAAGAGCGGAAUAUCCGCCCAGCUGGAUGGCUUCGAUAUCAACCCCACCAAUUUCCCGGACCCCUUUUACCUCCCGGCCUCUGUUACUCUCAAAGAGCUAGAUAUACUCAAGAAACCGAUACCCGCCGAGCUUAUUGGUAUUUAUGAUGUUGUUCAUAUUAGAGCGUUUGUUAGCGUCAUCCCCGACUCGAACCUAACGCCUUUGCUCUCUGUGGUUUCAGAGCUUCUGAAGCCGGGUGGAUUUCUUCAGUGGGAAGAAACUCGGGGUGAUAGAUUCAUUGUGGAAUCGCCUUCACCGCAUAUAUCCAAGGUUGCAUGUGAUACGAUUAUACAGGUGCUUAAGGAAGGCCAGCAGGCCAGAGGCAUCCGUAACGAUUGGGUAGAUGAGUUGGACCAGUAUCUGGACCGCUAUGGCUUUCAAGGUGCGCGCUUGCGCGUGCAUGAGAAGAGGAAACAAGACUUCAAGGGCUGGACUGAAGAUUACCUGAUGGUUUGGGAGGAUCUGGCCAUCUUUUUCCCGCCAAAAUCAAAGGAGCCCAGCGCGCCAUUGUCCCGCGAGGCCUGGAUUGAUAUGUUUGCAAACAGCGUCACCGAGACGGAGCAAGGCGUUGUGAUCCACCAAGGGAAAGUCAUGACUGCAGUUGGCCAGAAACCGCUAUAA